AUGCUAAUACUCAAUGCAUUUAUCGACCUGCUUUAUGUCAUCAGCACAACCAUAUCUGUACCGGUAUGAUCUUUGAUUUUAACAACAUUUCAGUUAUAAAAUAUUUACAUAUACAUAUAUGUUAUAGAGUGACCUAAUCAAAGUUGUUUCAGAACGUGGUUUUCGCCUCUGAUAUUCUUUUUAUCCUCUGGGAGAACCCUUUCGUAACUCGUCGACCAUUCGAUGUGUUCGCUUGCAUGAUGAUCCAAACUUAUUUCAUCUACUUUUCCGUUCUCAUCCUACCAAUCCAGUUUAUUUAUCGGUAUAGCGUUGUUUCGUCAAACGGGUGCAAGUUCUCAACGAUACUCAAGAUUCUAGCGUGCUGUAUCACGUAUCUACUGGUCCAUUGUUCCUUUCUUUCCUACACAUAUCAAGCACCAAACGCGGGGUACGAUAAAAUGCUGAGAGAAAAGGGAAUCCCCGAAGAAGAUUUGGUUUACGUCGCUGGAGACAAGGUAAGGAAUUUUGAAUAUAUUUUUUGUUGAGGAGACUUGAAGAUAAACCACAUGUCUUUGAAAAAUGUAAUCUUAAUUGAUGACCAGUUUCAUCGUAACCCACCUGGAACAUCUCGCUGAUAAAAUCCUUUACCUGCCUUAACCGACUUUUAUUUUCCAUUUCAGCACGCCAAUUGGUGGCUGCUCCCUCACUUCGGCAGUUGCAUGUUGAUGGUGAUUGUGAGCUAUACGGCCAUCAUCAUUGUCUACAUAAAGACUCAGAAAGUUCUCCGCCGAUUUGAGAUCCACAUGACUGCUUCAACUCGGCAAGCACAACGCCAAAUGACCAGGAUCAUCCUUCUGCAAGCCUUCUAUCCCAUUAUUCUGCUCUGCUUCCCCAGUUUCUUCUUUGCCUUUGCUCCCAUUAUCAAUUUCAAAUCGGAUUAUUUGGGGAUCGUCUGUGUCAUUAGCAUCCAUCUAACUCCGAUUUUGAAUUCAAUGGCUGUCGUUUUGUGCGUUCCAUCUUAUCGACGGACAACUUGGCGAUUCAUUCUGUUAAUAUUUAAUCGUGAUGCGGCUAAAGUGUCUUCUACCGAGACUUCGAACAUCAAGAGUCUGACGAGAACGGCAAAACGAGGAGGGGGAUCGGUUCAAACGACCGGAUAG